ACUCGGUCUGAAUAUUAUUUUUACUUUUUUUUUUUAACGAGUGGCUCGGAUUCGGAUUCCUCUGUUGAAGGGGGGGUUUCACAAAAAUUGGGGAUCAGUGGUGGAUUUGACGAAUGUGAUUUAGGGUUAGGGUUUUGUCUGCAUGACCCCCUUACUAGGAUCAUGGUGUCUCCGAAGCAUCUAGAAUUCUCUCCAUCCGGUGGUGCUGCUGACUCCGACGAUACCUUCUCCCAUCAAAAAUCACCGCGGAAUCCUUCAUCAAAGCGUGCUGCUGCUUCCGACGCAGCAGAAGAAGAAGAAGCGACUAAGAAAAAGAAGAAGAAGAAGAAGAAGAAGAAGAAGAAGACGACGACAAAAUUGGGUUCGCCGUUGUUCAUCCGGAUCUGGAACGAGGAAGAUGAACUCUCUGUCUUAAAGGGAUUAGUUGAUUACAGAGCUAAGACAGGGUUCCAAAGCAAAAUCGAUUGGGAUGCUUUUUAUCGUUUCCUCGGAAGUUCAAUCGCUGAGAAAUACUCCAAGGAGCAGGUUUUGGGUAAGGUCAGGAAGUUGAAAAAGAGAUUCCUUGUUCACUUGGAGAAGAUCAAUCAAGGUAGUGAUCCCAAGUUUACUAGGUCUAGUGAUUCUGAAGCCUUUGGGUUUUCCAUGAUGAUUUGGGGACAAAAUGAAGCUGAAGAAGUUGUUCAUGAUGAUGAUGAUGAUUAUGGAAUGGAUAAGGAGAUGUUGAAGGACCAGGAGGAACCCUUGAAUGGGGAAGAUAUGUUGAAGGAACACGAGGAUGUGGCUAAUACUGAACGCUUAAAUGAGAAUGGGGCAGCCAAAAUAAGGGAGAACGGGACUACUGCUGGCAAAGAGAGUCAUGACAAUGAUGAUGAUGAGUUAUGCGCUGUGCGAGAUGCAUUUGAGACUGUUAUGUCGCAAGGUUUAAGUGGUUAUCAAAAGAAGCUGCAGCUUGAGUAGCUGAUGAACAUUGGAAAUGGUAGAAGAAGAGAGUUGAGCGAUGAGUGGAAAGCGUUAUGUGUUGAGGAAAGAAGAUUGAAUAUCAAGAAGCUCAGAUUUUCAGCCAAGCUUGCAGAAGCAGCAAAUGAUGGUUAGAUGAAUGAAACCAAGAAGCCCUUUUCGCAUUCUGUCGUGUUUUGUUUCUUACUAGUCAUAAGUUUUCGACUCUUCAGUGUAGUUAUCUUUUGUUCUUUUGCUGAUCUACUUGAGAAAGUUUUGUGUAAGAUAAUCUAGUUUCUCCUGAAGUAUCCACAUGAGUCAUGUCCUUUGUUGGAUAUAGUUUGGUUACAUAUUCCAUAA